GGUGGUCAGUCUCCGAGUGCAAGACUUCCUGGCCACACAGGCCUGUAUGUUAGAAGGUUCUCGUUAAACCCCGUCAGUCGCUUUUAGUUCAUAUUCUAUGUUGGAAGAAUUCGAGGCCUCCGAGGCAGGCUGGCAGGCAGCUAUGCUGUGAGCUGCGAGCCGUGAAGACCACUGGAGUCCAGCAGAAAUGAACUAGCCAAAUGAAGCCUGUCCCUAAUCCUCAUGCCUGGUCGCCAUCUCGGAGCUGAGAUGCUUUUUGAUUGUUCGGAGAAGAAUGAGCCGUGGCCUCCAGACCCAGUAAAGCGAAUACUCCUCCCAGGAGCAUAUCACCCGCUGAGCGGAGCACCAGCUCCUGAAGAUCCGGAGGGCCCGCAGUCCCAGAGAGAGUAGCCAGCAGCGGAGAGGAUCCCAACAGGGGUUCACAUUUCGCGGUAGCAGGCACGAGAAACAAGCGCUACAAAACUCUCGGUUCCCGGAGGAGCAAGGAGCGUGCGGAAGGGCUGGUGAGCUUCAGCAAGGCAGUGCUCAGAGAGAAACCCAACCUUGGAGAAUAAACAUUGGCAGGAAACUCGUGCUGGGUCUGCCAGUGCCAACUCCCUCCAAGUCUCAGCAACAGACUCCAGGCCUCCUCCCCCCACAAGUCUCAUCUGUACACAGCAAAGUCAAGCCCCAACUCUACCAUUCACCCAACUUUGAAAACGGCUUUGCCUUGACAGGGCAUCUCUCUUGCAAAUGGUGCUGCUAAAGCCUUCUCUGCUUAUCUCCUAGGGCUGGGCUGGGUCUCAUCGACUCCAAUUCCUAUGAAAGGGCCUUGGGAGUGGGAAGAUAAGGCACACAAGUAAUGUUUUCUGAAAGAUGCAGACAGAAAGUUCUGAACACCCAGGCUAGGAUUUGAUCUCGGUAUCAAGAGAGCGAGUCAAUCUAUUUUUUGCUUGGUGAAAUCCAUUUCCUAGAAAUUUCAGAAGUAGCUGUAAGCAGGUGCAGUUUGAUUCGAUGUUUACUGCAGCCAUUUACUCAGCUCUCUCAUCCUGGGCCAUUUUCAUUUGCUCUCAGAGCCUCUGGGUGCGCCUCUCUGAAAACAGGAUUUCCUAUGCUUUCAUGGCUGGUUCGGGUGAGGCGCUCCCCUGCUCGGGCCUUGAGCUGAGUAAGUGCCCUUACGAUGAGACCUGGAUUUGACUAGUGUCUCCUGGUAUGAGGUGUCAAAAUAACAUGUGAAGGGCUUCCAAAUGUUUGUGGAGAAUUUUCCCAAGACCCUUUGUUUCCAUUUCCCAUGCCCGUAUCUUGUUGUUCUAUGCAUAAUUCAUUUUUUAUUUCCUUCAUGGGUUAAACGGUUUUUGUCUUAUCAAGAUGUUCCAUGCCUGCCAUGAGCUGAGCCGGUUUCCUCUCACUCGACAGAACUCUUGCAGCUGGAUGUUCUUAAUCGAACUUCCUCUUCUCACACAAGAUGUUAAUAUUGCAGCCCUUCGGAGCGCAUCGUACACUGAUGGCAUCUGCGCUGAGAGGUCUCCUCCUGGCUGCUUUCAAGAGUGUUAGGGAGGUGGGGUUGCAGUGCGGUCGACCGAUCAACCUGCUAUUUAUUCCUUUUCAUUAUAUUUUUUUCCAAGAAUGCAUGUGUUUAUUUAACACUCUGCCCUGAUUGAAGAACUGAGCAAUGUGUCUGUUUUCCAGCUCAGAACAAAGUGGCAUCCCUGGACCCAUCUUUCAUUAUGAUUCAGGUCAUCCUGAGGAAAAAGCUCAGCUACUGCGUCCUGGCCUUUUUCCUCUUUGCGAUCAUCUGUGUGUGGAAGGAAAGGAAGAAAGUGGGUUACUAUGAGUCCCUUAAACUGGAAACGGAAGGAUUCCAGGUGGUGAGCAAUCAGGAGAAACUGCUCGUGGGUUCUGGUCCCCAGUCAUCAGUUGGCACCCAGGACCUCCACACGGGCAACCCAGCCCUCAGCAGUACAAAGAGCUCAGUCAAGACCAAGCCACCGCCCUCCUUCCAGGUGUGGAACAAGGAGAGCUCCUCCCGAAACCUCCCCUCCAGGCUGCAGAGUAUCCGGAAAAAUUAUCUGAACAUGAACAAGUACAAAGUGUCCUACAAGGGGCCGGGGCCAGGGGUCAAGUUGACUCCAGAGGCCCUGCGCUGCUACCUCCGGGACCGUGUGAAUGUAUCCAUGGUAGAGGCCACGGAUUUCCCCUUCAACACCUCCGAGUGGGAGGGUUACCUGCCUGGAGAGAACUUCAGGACCAAGGCUGGGCCCUGGGGCAGGUGCGCUGUCGUCUCCUCAGCAGGAUCUCUGAAGUCCUCUCAACUCGGCCAGGAAAUAGAUGAUCAUGAUGCUGUCCUGAGGUUUAAUGCGGCGCCCACGGCCAACUUCCAACAAGAUGUGGGCACGAAAACGACCAUUCGCCUGGUAAACUCUCAGUUGGUCACCACAGCUGGGCGUUUUCUCAAAGACAGUUUUUACAAUGAAGGCAUCAUGAUUAUGUGGGAUCCAGCUAUAUACCAUUCAGAUAUUCCAAAGUGGUACAAGCAUCCAGACUACAAUUUCUCCAGUAACUACAAGAGCUACCGCAGGCUGCAUCCCGAGCAGCCCUUUUACAUCCUCAGGCCGCAGAUGCCCUGGGAGCUGUGGGAUAUUCUUCAAGAAAUUUCCCCAGAGAAGAUUCAGCCAAACCCCCCCUCCUCGGGGAUGCUUGGCAUCAUGAUCAUGAUGACGCUGUGUGACCAGGUGGAUGUUUACGAGUUCCUCCCAUCCAAGCGCAAGACUGAUGUGUGCUACUACUUCCAGAAGUUCUUCGACAGCGCUUGCACGAUGGGCGCCUACCACCCUCUCCUCUUCGAGAAGAACAUGGUGAAGCACCUGAACGUGGGCACGGACGAGGACAUUUACCUGCAUGGGAAAGCCACCCUGCUGGGCUUAAAGAACCUGCACUGCUGAGCACUAGCCUGCAGACCAGGCUGCUCGCCUUUCUGUGCAGGGUACUUUCCAGUCGGUUCUCUCAGCAACCCUGAGCCUGGGAAGACCCUGAGCUGUCCCAGCCUGUGCUUUGCAUUCUAGAGCCUUCUGUCAGCAGAGCUCUUGGGCUUCAGGAACCGGAGACCAAGGAACAAGGGCCAGCCUUCCCUGUAUCCACAAAGAGGUGUGUGAGUCCAGCCUCACCACCACACCCAUGUACACACACACAGACACAUGCACACACGCACACUCUCUUUCCAGACUUCCAGACAGAGCCCGUCCUUUCGCACAGGUAGAUGUGUACCUGUACACACCUGCAGGUAGAUCCACCUUUUCCCGCCAGGGCUGCCAAAGCUCAGUUUUGUUUACCUCCUUGGAUGAUGAUGAGGUUCUCUUAUGCCAGCACUUUAUAUUGCUUGAAAUCUGCACCUACAUAGUGAUUCCCUUUUCUAGAAAAAUCCCCCCAACGAGCAUUGCACCCAGUGCAGGGUGACUCUGGGGCAAGUGAUACAAGGCUCAGGAAGCAUGCUUGCUUUCCUCUGGAACCAAGGUGCUCCCAAGGCCAUGGCUUGGGAUUCAUCUCAGCCAGUCAAGCUCUCUGUUCUUGGCAGGCUUGGCUGGUACUCAGCCUGGGUGCUUCUGAGCCCCCAGGGUCUUGCUAAGCCCAAAGGAGAAGAAAGUGGCCCCACAAGGCCAUCUCCAUCCUUAAGUUGUUCACAGUCUGGUGGGAGAGAAUGAACUAUUCAGAUGGUUAGGACUCAGUGUGCUAGAGCAGAGGCGCUGACCGGGCAGCCGGGAGGCCCAGAGACCUUCACAGGGGGCAGUAUAGACCUGGGUACAUGUGGGUGGGCCUUGAGGACGAGGAGAAUCAGGUAAAGCCGUUUUUGCCUGAGCCGUCUGGGUUGUUUUCCUUCCGGCCCUUGUCCCGGGGUUUGUUCUCUGUGGCCUGCCCAGAGUUACAGAUGCAAGGUCUAUUUUGAGGCACCUCGCUUACCCCGACAUGAGGUAACAAAAGGUUGCCCCAAAGCACAUACAGGUCAGCCCAAGCCAAAAACCUAUUUCUCCUAGGUUUGGCCUAACCCCCUCCUACCAGCUGAUUUGGCACAUUGCACUCUGAUUCUUCCUUUGAAUGAUUAAUGGCUCCCCCAGACCUCGUCCUAAUGGCCAUCUUUUCUUUCCCUGUAAAAGAGUCUUAAAAAAAAAAAAGUCUGUUCCUCCCCAUUACCUAAUUAUUCUAAAGCAUUUUCCUCCUUA